AUGGCGCCCAGCGCGGUGGAAGACGCGCCGCAGACGAAUGCACCCCCUACGGACUCCCACUGGACGCCCGAAACCGUCCUAGCAACCCUACCACGCCGUCCAGAAGAAGGCUCUUCGACGCCCUUACCGUUCUUCCACCUAAUAGAACGCCUGAAGACCACCAAGCGGGAAGGCUGGCGUCGGUUCGGUAUCAACUAUGGCGAGAGUAUUUCGGAUCACAUGUACCGCAUGGCCAUCAUCACCAUGCUCUGCCCUCCUGCAUUGGCCUCACGCUUAGAUAUCUCUAGAUGCACCCGCAUGGCGCUCAUACAUGACAUGGCAGAGACACUCGUCGGCGACAUCACCCCCGUAGAUGGCGUGAGCAAGGUCGAAAAGAGUCGGCGUGAAGCGGAGACCAUGGACUACCUAUGCACGAACCUGCUAAGCAACGUGCACAAAGGCAGCGGACAAGCACAGAGUAUGCGAGAUGUGUGGCAAGAAUACGAAGACAGUGCAACAGAGGAGUCCAAGUUUGUGCACGAUGUGGAUAAGCUCGAGCUUCUGCUGCAGAUGAAUGAGUACGAGCGCAGCCACGAGGGCAGGAUCGACCUGGGAGAGUUCAGUCAUGUUGCAAACCGCAUAGUUCUGCCGGAAAUGAAGUCAUGGGCUGGGGAUUUACUGGCGGAGAGGGAGGCGUUCUGGCGAAGUCAGGAGGCGGAACAGGCUGCGAGCUUGGACGCUGACCAGGCCGUCAAUGGACAGAAGCGAGCGGACAGGUCUGAUUAG